GGCGCCAUGUUUUAAAAUAAUUGUUGACUGCUGCUAGAACACGUUGGGUUAAUCAACUCCCGUCAAUAAACUUGAAUAUCAUGGAGCCAAUGGCUUUGGGUUCACCUGGAAAUGUCAGUCCUGCGUUUGCACCUGGCUUCCUGAUGGGAGAUCUUGCAAGUCCAGCGUCAAAAAAUCCUUCAGAGUCUACGAGCACUCCCUCUUCUUCUCAGACCCCUCGAAGGGUUUCUUUCGCUCCCGACGCGUUUUCUCACCACAGCACUGUGUACGCUGGGACCCCAGUUAACCCUCUCAGAGCUAGAUUGACUGGCACUCCGCAACAAGGAGCUGCCUCUCCGCAGAAGCGAGGACCGCCGAUAAUGAGCCUGAGCGACGUUACCAACACCUCAUUCCAAAACCAGAGCCUCCUCAGCCAGCAGAAUGUAAGUUUUGCCUCCAACCAGAGCUUUGCUUUCAACCAGAGCCAAAUGACGGCUCCCAGCUUUGGACAUAGUUUGACUCCGAUGAGAACUGCAGAGGCUUCGGCUUUUACCUCCCCUAAUUACGACUGGCAUGCCAAUGACGAAAACAAAGAGGCCGAGCACUGGGUCACUGUUUUUGGCUUUCCCUUCACGAUGGUCCCUGCCGUUCUCACUUGGAUUGCCAGCUGCGGUAACAUAAUUGUCCGACAUGUGCCGACCUCUCCCAAGGCUAACUGGAUGCACCUCAGGUUUGCCAAUCCUGCCGAGACCAGAAGGGCUCUCGGAAGGCAUGGCAGCCUCCUGGGACUGGACACUAUGAUUGCUGUGGUCCCCUGCAUGGACAAAGGUGUAAUUCAAGGCUGGAGAAGCAAAGUGGCCACUUCUCCAGGGGCCAACAACAGCUUUUCAGAGGCAGGUGGCACUUACAUUUUUUCGUCCACAUCUGCAAACACUUCUUGCCUCAACUCAUCCACUUACGGCAGUCCGAUGAACUCAAGCAUCAGAUCACUAGUGGCCAGCCCAGAUAUUUCAGUGGAAACUUCAGUUUUGCCUAGAAAAUCAACUGGUAUGGUUUCAAAAGCAAUGGACUACGUUUUUGGAUGGUAGAAGGAAAAGACUAAACCUGACAAACUCAAGAAAGUGCAAAACAUGUUUCAAUUGUUGAAGUAAUAGCUUGAUCCUUUCCAUGUGAACUAUGCACUAAUCUUGAUAUUUAUUUUCUUAACAUUUUGUCUAAUUUUUAAUCACUGCGUCCUGUUUUCAAGCUGAAUAGCUGUCAAGCAUUUAGCUCAAAAACUGGACACAAAGCAAAAUGUAUUACGCAUAAGCACUGACAGUGAAUAAUAAAAACCAACUCAUUACAUGUUGGCAAGAAACAUGGUUUACUUUGGCAUGAAUGCAAUCUAAUAAGCUCUGUAAUUAACGAUUUGCAGAUAUUUAUUUUCUGGGCAAAGCAACACAAUUAUACACUAAUUGUAAUCUAGUCGAAAUUUUGUGUCUGAAUAUCACAACAAAUGACAUUUUUUUUUACAUUUAAUUUAUGUACAAAAACAAAUAGCAUUAUUAUUUAGUUAUCAGUAUUACUUAAAUUCAGAUAAACUUCUGAAUCGACUAAAAAAAAUUAUAAUAAAUUCAUGUUCAAAAGAUCU